CGCACACGCCGGGGUCACUUUAGACUUUCUAGGAGCUUGUGAAGAUCUUCCGGUCCGCUCCGGUGGCCGAUUCUGCAGCGGGGAAGUGAAGGCGUGCGUGUGGUGGGGGUGGGGAGCGAAUGACGCACCCCUCCCCUCCGCGGCGUGACGCGAUCUGAUAAUGUCACAGCACAUCAUGGCGGCGGCGGCGACAGCAGCUCGGAGAAGGUGAAGUUUUGGAGACCAUUUGAGUGGAUUCAGUGCAACUGUUCUGUGAAAGAGGGAAAUGCCCAGAUCCUUCCUUCCUUUCCCAUGCCAGCAGAGUUCAUAAUGUCAGCCUUGUGAAAACAAUCCACCUUUCGAAAACUUCUCCUUCUCUGUAUCAAUUACAUUGGUGGACGGUCCUGUGGAUCCUUUUUUUCCCUUUUCCUGCUAGAAGUUGUUCUGCAUAAAAUUGGCGAAAUGUCCCUGAUCUUCUCUCACUCCAACCCCAUUGUUUCGAUCAAGAAGGACAAAAGACACAUGGCCGAGGUGAAUGCUUCUCCACUCAAGCACUUUGUCACUGCCAAGAAGAAGAUCAAUGGCAUUUUUGAGCAACUGGGGGCAUAUAUACAAGAAAGUGCUACAUUUCUGGAGGAUACCCAUAGAAAUGUGGAGCUUGAUCCUGUCACCACUGAAGAGCAGGUGUUGGAGGUCAAAGCCUACCUGGCCAAAGUGAAGGGCAUUGGUGAGGUCCUAGCCCGGCGGCACAUGAAGGUGGCCUUCUUUGGCAGGACAAGCAAUGGAAAGAGCACAGUGAUCAAUGCCAUGCUCUGGGACAAAGUUCUCCCCUCAGGGAUUGGCCACACCACCAACUGUUUCCUCCGAGUGGAGGGGACAGAUGGCCAUGAGGCCUUCCUGCUCACUGAGGGCUCUGAAGAGAAGAAGAGUGUCAAGACAGUAAACCAGCUGGCCCAUGCCCUUCACCAGGAUGAGCUCCUAAAUGCUGGUAGCCUGGUGAGUGUGAUGUGGCCCAAUUCCAAGUGUUCACUUCUAAAAGAUGACUUGGUGCUGAUGGACAGCCCUGGGAUUGACGUCACUACUGAACUGGACAGCUGGAUUGACAAGUUCUGCCUUGAUGCAGAUGUGUUUGUGUUGGUGGCCAACUCAGAAUCCACAUUGAUGCAGACGGAGAAGCAGUUCUUCCACAAAGUGAGCGAACGCCUCUCUCGUCCCAAUAUCUUCAUCCUCAACAAUCGCUGGGAUGCCUCUGCCUCAGAACCAGAGUACAUGGAGGAGGUCCGGAGGCAGCACAUGGAACGUUGUACCAGCUUCCUGGUGGAUGAACUGGGAGUGGUGGAUCGGGCCCAAGCAGGGGACCGCAUCUUCUUUGUGUCUGCCAAGGAGGUUGUCAAUGCCAGGAUCCAGAAAGCUCAGGGGAUGCCAGAAGGAGGGGGCGCCUUGGCUGAAGGAUUUCAAGUGAGAAUGUUUGAGUUUCAGAACUUUGAGCGGAGAUUUGAGGAGUGCAUAUCCCAGUCAGCUGUGAAGACCAAGUUUGAGCAGCACACCGUCCGAGCCAAGCAGAUGGUGGAGGAUGCACGCCUCAUCAUGGACUCUGUGCAUGUAGCAGCCCAAGAACAGAGAGUUUACUGCCAGGAAACACGAGAAGAGCGACAGGAAAGGCUGGGAUUUAUUGACAAACAAUUAGAACUCCUAACUCAAGACUUCAAAGUUCGAAUUAAGCAAAUCACAGAGGAGGUGGAAAGACAGGUGUCUAAUGCCAUGGCUGAAGAAAUCAGGCGCCUCUCUGUGCUGGUUGAUGAGUAUCAAAUGGACUUUCACCCAUCUCCAGUGGUUCUCAAGGUUUAUAAGAAUGAGUUGCAUCGCCACAUUGAGGAGGGACUAGGUCGCAACCUGUCUGACCGCUGCUCAAAUGCCAUCACAGGGGCCCUGCAGACCAUGCAGCAGGAUAUGAUCGAUGGCUUGAGACCUCUCCUUCCUGUAGCCCUACGGGGUCAAGUAGACAUGCUGGUUCCACGACAGUGCUUCUCACUUAGUUAUGACCUGAACUGUGACAAGCUCUGUGCUGACUUUCAGGAGGACAUUGAAUUCCAUUUUUCUCUUGGGUGGACUAUGCUCGUGAAUAGGUUUCUGGGACCAAAGAACAGCCGUCGGGCUUUGAUGGGCUAUAACGACCAGAUUCAGCGCCCCAUACCUCUAACUCCAGCAAACCCUAGCAUGCCUCCCUUGCCUCAGAACACUCUCACCCAGGAAGAGCUCAUGGUCUCCAUGGUCACUGGCCUGGCCUCACUGACAUCGAGAACCUCCAUGGGAAUCCUUGUGGUUGGAGGAGUGGUCUGGAAGGCAGUGGGCUGGAGGCUGAUUGCCCUUUCUUUUGGACUCUAUGGCCUCCUCUAUGUCUAUGAGCGUGUGACAUGGACUACCAAGGCCAAGGAGAGGACCUUCAAGCGCCAAUUUGUGGAAUAUGCCAGCGAGAAGCUGCAGCUCAUCAUUAGCUACACAGGCUCCAAUUGCAGUCACCAAGUCCAGCAGGAGCUGUCUGGGACCUUUGCUCAUCUGUGUCAACAAGUGGAUGUGACUCGGGAGACUUUGGAGCAGGAGAUUGCUGCCCUAAAUAAGAAAAUUGAAGUUCUUGACUCAUUGCAGAGCAAAGCCAAACUCCUCAGGAAUAAGGCAGGUUGGCUGGACAGCGAACUGAACAUGUUCACCCAUCAGUACUUGCAGCCAAGCAGAUAAUGUGGAAAGCCAGGAGCUCCAGAAGGUGUGAAGAGCAGAUGUUGGGGGCCGGACUGAGGCGGAACCCAGUGGGAGGGGCCUCAGGCCAAGACUCGGAAGCCAUUGCUUGUGCGUAGCAGCCACGCCAAUGAUUAGCACCCCAAUUUCUGAUAAGGCGUGGAACCUUUACAUGCUAGUUAUUUAUUGCCCUUCCUUUGCCUGCUGUUGAGAUUAGAUGGUUUGUGGGAAGAAUGUCUAUCUCCAUAUGCUUAAGGAAGAAUUUUUAUUGUACAGAUGACUGCAGAUGGUACGGAGGUUUCUUUAAAUUUUGUUAUUUCUAAACUUUUAUCAAGUUCUAAUUGAUUCAGUCUUUUGGUUAUUUGGUAAAUGACUUGUUAAAAUGAUUCUCUUGAUCUCAGAAUUGGCCAAAGCCCAUAUUAAGAGUAUUGAAGAAACUUCCUGCUUAAGCAGAAACCCCUGCUCCCUCCCUCCACCCCCUUACCCCUGAGGCCUUCCAUCAGCUGAAAUACAACAGUAGAGAUGACCACGUUUGUAUUUCUCCUCAAUGCAAACUUUGCUUUGAAAUAGCUACAGAGAAAUGGAGAGUCUUAGCCCAGUCCAGGAAGAGGUUUGGGUCGGAUUCAUUGGGCUCUAUCAGUUGUAAUCCUCUCCUUUCUGCAGCGCUUCUGUCUUCUUGCAGAUGGCUCUUUGUCAGAGGUGUUGGAAAUGGGAAAUUCUAGGCUGGGGAGGCUUAGCCAACCCAGAGCGGUUUGAGAUGUGAAGAAGAGCUAGCUGCAAAUGGAAACUUUGGGGCUGAAAUAACUUAAGAGAGAACAGUCAGCAGCAUAUCACAGCAUGAUAGAUGAAGUGCAUGUGAUCAAGCCCAAAGCUGUUCACUUUCCAUUUUCUGCCAGACUUGAAUAGUACAUCUGUAGGAGGUCUCUUUUUUAUGAAAGAUAUGGAGGUUUGAAGAGAGGAAGCUGCGGAAGGAAAGUAGGACAGAAGUGGUUUGGAAAUUAAGAGGACACAUGGGCAGCAAGCAUAGAUUAUGGGGCCUUGGGGGUAGUGAAAGAUAGGUCACAUUGAUAAAUAAUAAACUAGCCUUCUUGCUUCUGUGCUUGAAAUAGGCCCUUUCCCUGGACCCCCUUGCAUUUGCCAUCCUUUGCAUCUUCCUCUAUAGAAAGGAAAUCACCAGUUUCACACAUGCCCACCUGUUGCCUGCCUAAAAGAAUCUGUUCCAUGUUGCUAUAGCUGUUCCUGGCUCAGCAUUCAGCAUUAGUGAAUCAUUCGACAGAGAAUUUGGAAAAACCCUAACCUCUCCUAUCAAUCUCCCACCAUUCCCCACUCCCACCUCCCGUUUCGGUCUGAGGCACAUCUCGGUCACAUGAGUGAAUGUUUCCUGUCAUUAAGCUUGGGGAUGAUUUCUCAUUGGAGGUGGAUGAGCUUUUGCCAUCAGAAUAUUGGCUUCUUCUGAGGUCCCAUCCAGCCUGUAGAGUCUUCAAGUCCUAGAGAACAGGAGCAAGGACUUGGCUGGUGAUUGUCCAUGGGGAGAUGGGAUGGCCCCUCAGGGAUCACCUCCCUUCCCUAGAUUCCCUCCAACUGGUCAGCGAUGUGGACUUCUCCCUACCUGCUUCUGCACCUUGCUGCCAUUUGCUCAUCCGAAGCUUGGUUAUUCACAUACCUUGUGCAAAAUGUGUUCUGGUUUCCAUUCAUAGCCCAGUCAGGAGGCAGGAAUGUUGCAAAAUGUUUUGAAGUGCAGGCCAACCCCUCUGUAGUUCAGGACAGUUACUGAGUCUUUAGUCAUCAGGGGCUGAGCUAUAGCAUAGUAGGGAUGAAGGGAACUCCCUAAAGAUAUUGUUUUUGCUGUUUGUCAGAGACUUUGAUGACAUUCAUUUACCUACCUGUCUCCAAAUCCCAAUGGCAUAGAAACAGUAGUAUAUGUAGUAGGUCUUUGCCCAUGUAGGAACAAAGGUGAGAGGAUGUUUUUAAUAUUUUGUCAGGACUGACCAGCGGUAGCCUUAUAGGCUUUUAAAAUCACUGUAACAAAUUCAUUGCACAGUUGCCAAUGAAUUCUGUCGUGUUUGUGAAGGUUUUUCAAUCUAAAUUUUAGAAAGAAAACAUCUCUUAAUGUCUUGAAUGUAAUUGGGGAGAAGAUGGGAAUUUUGAGGUUCUUCUGUGAUAUAUGGGUAAAAUUUCACUUGUGACAAUGAGGAAAGACCCUUUUGUAAAGAAGUUUGGCAAGAUGCACUUUAUUUUGAUGCUGCUAACUAUCCCCCUUUUUUUAUGUUAAGUUGUUGGGUUACCAAGGCCUCUGCUGUGAUAACGAGUUCUCUCUCUGUUGUAUUUAAGGUGAUCUCUUUUCCUGAAUUAGCCCUAUAUCAUUGCCAAUAUUGGAAAUGGAAAUAAAAAUCUGUUGGGAAACA